AUGAUCUUGAUCCAACCACCCCUUCUUCUUCUAUUGCUGCUUCUGCUCGCUGGAGCCGAAGCAGCAUCCACAGUUUCCACAGACAACAAUGGUUUCUCCUUCCUUUUCAAAGAUUCGCAGCUCGAUGGUGUACGAGAGAUCCAGCCAGAUGGUCGAGUGGUUCACAGCAACGACACCGAGAUGUUCGGCGUCGGUCACACCUUCUACUCUCGCCCUUUCCGGUUCAAAAACUCCCACACCAGCAACGCUUUGUCGUUCUCCACUUCUUUCGUCUUUGGAAUCAUACCAGAAAACCCUCUGUUCACGUUCCACGGAAUGACCUUUGCGAUUGCUCCAUCAAAAGCAGUGACGGAUGCAUCCUCUUCACAGCAUCUCGGACUCUUUAACCGUACCAAUGACGGAAACGCCUCAAAUCACAUCGUCGCCGUCGAAUUCGACACGUUUAGAAACCUCGAACUUGACGACAUGGAUGGCAACCAUGUGGGUCUUGAUAUAAACAGUAUAGAGUCUGUCUUCGCUGCAACAGCAGGCUAUUACAAGAAUGGAGGCUUUCAAACCCUAACUCUUGCGAGCUCCAGAGAAAUCCAAGCGUGGGUCGAUUACGAUGGUGUUGAAAAGACCUUGAAUGUCACAUUAGCUCCUCUUCCCUUAAAAAAACCACAAAAACCUCUUGUAACCUGGAAGAAAGAUCUGUCACCUUUUUUACUCGAAGAAAUGUACGUUGGGUUUACUUCAGCCACUGGGGUUCUUCUUCAGACGUUUUACAUUGUUGGUUGGAGUUUUCAAAUGAAUGGAAAAGCUCAAGAAAUCGAUAGAUCAAAAAUCCCACCUUUACCUGUCAAUAAAAAAUCAAACAAAAAGAAAAAAAUGGGUUUAGAAAUUGGGUUAUCUUUAGGUGGAUUACUGGUUCUUUCAUCGAUUUCAAUUUUGGCGUUUGUUUUGUUCCAAAGAAGAAAACGUAAAUUCGAAUUCGAAGAAGCUCUUGAAAGUUGGGAGGUUCAAUACGGACCUUGCAGGUUUUCCUACAAAGAUCUUUUCACAGCCACAAAAGGGUUUAAAGAAAGUGAGCUGCUUGGAAAAGCCAAAGCGUUAGCAUAUCUGCAUGAAUGGUGUGAAGUUAUAAUCCAUCGGGACAUAAAAGCAAGCAACGUGUUACUUGACGCCGAAUUGAAUGGUAAGUUAGGCGAUUUUGGGCUCGCAAGAUUCGGCAACAACAAUGGAACCGAUGCAAAAACGACCCAUUUGGCUGGGACUUUGGGAUACAUAGCACCUGAAUUGGCUCGCAAAGGAAAAGCCACCACCGCGACCGAUACUUUUGCUUUUGGAACGUUUUGUUUAGAGGUUGUUUGCGGUCGGCGACCUGUGGAGUUGCAAGGGUGCGAAGAGGCAGUGAUUUUGGUCGAUUAUGUGUGGGAUUGUUGGUAUAAGGAGCAACUUUCUGAGGUGGUUGAUCCGAAACUAAGGGACGACUACGAAACUGAGGAAAUGGAGUUGGUUUUGAUGGUGGGGUUGCUUUGUUCACAUGUUGUGUCCGUGUUGAGACCGAGUAUGUCGCAAGUUUUGAAGUUCCUUUUAGAGAAGGAGCCAUUGCCAGCAGAUUUCAAUGGUGUAUUGAAGAUAAGAGACGACUAUGCCUCUUCGAGUUCUUACUUGUCGCAAAUUCACUACUCGACGACAUUGGAACCGAUCACCAACUCAUUCAUGUUUUCAGGGCGGUGA